AUGGCUUUGUUCUGCACAUAGUAGAAUUUUGACAGGCAUAUGUAUUUUGAGUAUAUUAUCAUUAACUUGAGUGUGAGCUGCCAUGUUUGUUUUUCACCCAUAGACCUGAUAAAUCAAUGCCAUCCACCCAGCAAACAGUGGUGCAACCACCAGCAAGCACCCUCAUGUGACCACCACAGUGUGCAGCAAGCAACAUCACUUCCCGUUUAAUGGUGGUUAGCAAGUCAUAUGGCUAAAAAUGUGGGUUGCAAAAAUUGUUUCCAGGCAGUAUUGGGCUUGUGGCCACAUUUUCCUGUUCUCUCCUAGAAUUCCAGAAAUGGGAUAUGAUAGAAAUUCCCCAAAUCGGGCAAUUAAAAGGGAUUAAAUUGCAGCACAAAAACAGGGCAUCGUAUAAUGACAAGGGACUGCAAUCUAAAUUCGAUUAUCUUCGCUAGAAAGUUCCCUUGGAAUGCCGUGCAAAUGUUUUUGCGGAUGGAAAGGCCAAAUCCUAGUAGUCCAUGAGUAUGAAGUGCAGCGAUUGUACUUAAAUACAACUGGGCUUCUGCGCUGACUGGAUUAAAAAGCGCCGUGUAAGUCUCUAUACGUGGCACUUAUACAGCUCCUCGCACAGCUCAGGCAGUCAGAGGGCGGUACCUAACACGUCAAUACCUGGGGCGGUGCCUGGCAGGCAUGGAGGACAAUGGCAGCCCCGGGAGCGGAAUUGCACGCGGCUCCUUUAAGAGACGUAUCUGCUUGUUCGCCGAGCAUCGGACUUUGAGGGAGAGGGUGACGGAUUGCACAAGAUGCACUGCGGAUGUGCUGCCCAGAGGAAAUUGGCGAGGACUGAGUGCUGCUUGGGGCUGCGGAGUUCCUGCAGGGCCUUAGUUCUAAAUGCUUCUUCCCAGGAAUGGGUGCUCUCCCCAGCCCCAGAGCGUGAAUGCCCGGGAGAUCCUGCUGGGAUCCGGCAUGUUGGGGAGGGUGGGGUGAGGGGGAUCCCAAUCUGUGGUGGGCGGGCUCCUUUUUCCUUCCCUGGGAAAUAUAUGUAAUAAAGGUAAGUGCUGAAAGGAAUAAAAAUUCUGUUUCGCCUAAAAGCCCCAUUUGUGUAUUUGUUAGGGACGCGCAUUCCGCCUGGGGGAGGGGGAAGGGCAAUGGUGCAGCAAGAAACAAUAGGACCCGCUUUAACUCCUGCCAGACCGGCGGAUGGGAGAGUCAAGGGCUUGGCACCGCUGGGGUUAAAUUUGGAAGGGGAGAAACAUCAUUUAAAUAUCUGGUUAGGGCAGAAGAGAUUACAUUUCGUUUCUCUCUCAUCAAUUUUCUGUUUAAUGUCACUGGAACUCCAUUGUGGGAGAAGAGAGACGUCACACAGCCAUAAAUUUGUGAUUAUCCAGCUACCAGCAGCCUGGCCUUUAAUUCAAUGGAUUUGCUCCAGGCAGCUAGGGAUCCAAGAGCUGGAGCCCAUAAUCCUAUUUAUUAGAAUCACCAUAAUAAUAUCGAUAAGUGAGAAGCUAGCACAAAGGAUCUGUACAGGGACCGCGCAGUCCAAAUAGGAGCCAGCAAUCAAGUAACUUCCCCUUUCCCAAGAGCAAUAAAAGCACCAAGUGAGGGAUCUGCUAGAACAGGAAAUUAUUUCUCCACCCUACUCUAUGCUCUGUGCUGCCUGAGCUCCAUUCUCCCUGGGAUUGCAUAGAAAUGAGCCAGGACAUCACUCCUAGAGGAUGAUCCAAGAGCAGCAGGAGGAGCCCGGCCCCACCCCCGGGACCUCCCACUAAGUAAGCCCUGUUUUUCUGCUACGCCCCUCCGGGAUGGACGGCAGGGAAUUUGUGCCUCCCUCUCACCUAAGUCACCGUGGAGCCGGACGAAUGAACCCUCCUGUAGGCCACAGUGCGGUACAGCAUCCAGGCCAUUUUCAAGCUACAAAAUACUUCUCCUCCCCCUUACCCAUGGCGACCCAUUCAGCUGGGAGCGCUUUAAUGGCAAACUCCUCACCCUCUUUCAUGGGCAGUUUCCUGAGUAGCAGCCUUGGUUCAGCAGCAGCAGCAGCGCAUCCAGCAGGAGCAUCAAACUCCCCCCAAGAAACCACCUACAGGGGACCCCAUGGGACUGGCACCUCCCAGAUCUGGUUCUCUCACUCCCAUGAAGGUUAUCCCCGUUUCUCUGCAAGCCUGGCCUCUACAUUUCUGCCUAUGAGCCACCUGGACCACGGGAACAGCAAUGUCUUGUAUGGGCAGCAUCGUUUUUAUGAGUCCCAGAAAGAUAAUUUUUAUUUGAGAAAUCUUCCAGCACAGCCAACUCUUCUGUCUGCCAAUCACAAUUUCCCAAGUAUAGCCCGUGCAGCUCCUGGCCACCCCAUUGGUUCCUGUAGCAGAGACCGAGAAAACGGCCAUCUGCAAAAGAAAGAUGCUGAACGUUACCUGGGGAGCACAGAUCUAAAUAAAGAAAAAAUUAACAAGGGGGACCUAAAGGAGAGACGCAUUGAAGAGGAGGGCAAGGAGAGACAGAAGGUGGUAUUGCCUAUUUCUCUCGAUGGUCAUUGCAAGGAGGAUCUUCACCAGAGAGGCUCAUGUGACAACCGGACCAAGCAUCUCAAUUCUUGCUUGAUGACCUCAAAAGUACUCAAUGGUGAUCCAUGCAAACAAAUGCUGACAAGCUGCACAAUGGGGACAGGAAUGCCCAGACAGGGGAGCCAGAGCCGAUGUGCCAAAGACAUAAUUAGGUCUGACAAGACAUAUCCUCAGCAUGAUCCCCAACAACCAUACAGUGAGUGCCUGGAGAGGAGGCAAAUGCUUCACCACUCUGUUUCAUAUACAGUCCCGUCCAGUCUACCCAGCAUUCCUGCCCCACUGAACACCUCUACUGGCUCAUUCCCCUGUCUCCAGCUGCAUUCCAACCCAGAUGUGGUGUGCUCAUUGCAGGAAAAGGCUGGCAGGGAUCUGAAAAUGGGCAGGCCCACAUUUGUGCCUUCAGUGGGGUACUUCACUGACAAAAGCCGGCCUUUUCAGGUGACCCCGGAGAGUUGCCAUGUGGAUAGAGAAGAGGGAAAAGAUAAGAGCCUUGAACUGAACUCUGAUAUCCAUCUCCAAGGUUCUUACUCAAACACAUUUUCUCACUUGAAAACUGAGAAUAAAGGGGAGAGGCGGUUGGAAUGGCAGCAGAACUCUGCCACCAGGAUCAAAAAUUUAGAGUUUUUGAGCAGUGGGGGCUCUGAACAUGCUAUGCAGAGGGGCAUGGAAAAAGGGGGUUACUUUGAGAUGCCUCCAUCGCAAGAUUUCCCUCGUCCCAAUCACCAGGAUGCACACUGUGUAAAACCCAGUCAGUCCUGUUGCACUUUAGACAGGUCCUCCAAAGACCCACAGACACAUAGUUCUCAGAAGGUUGCUCGGAUACGGCACCAACAACACAGACCUACUGAAAUGGAGCAAACGGGAAGUGUGCAGGAUGGGAAAAGAAAAACCAUUGAGCUGAAUUCCUUAGGCUACAAUGUACCUCCCCUUCCCCCAUGGACUGAUUCUUCUAUCUCAAUAAAUGAGGAGAGGAAGAACUCAUAUCUUGACCCUUUUAGCACAAGUUUACAACAGGCUGCGCUAAUGACCCCAGGCCCAUCAUUGAACCAGGAAAUGCAAGGCCCAACUGAUGAAGUCUCUGCUAUGAAAAACCUACUAAAGUACAGCAAUCAAGCACUUAUUGUGGGUCAGAGGGCCCCAUUUGUGGGCUUAGGGAACAUGAAGGCCAGCUGCUCACAACAAGAAAUGAAAUUCCACUCCAGCAAAUGUCAGCCAGAGCAAGAGCGCAUGGACUGUGCCAGGAGUCGGGAAAAUGAGAUCUCUCAUGGUGAUGGCGAAGUCAGGCAGCCCCCAGUUGGUAUAGCGGUGGCAGUUGCACGUCAGAAGGAUACUGGGAGCCGCCAAGAUCCAUUAUUUGGUGCAGGAUCUAGUCGGCACAGCAGGAAUAACAUGGGACCGAAAGGUACACAGAGCAGGAAUACUUCGAGAUCACAAAACUUUGCAACUGGUUCUGGACGAUCCAUGAAUGUUAUUGACUUGGACUCAGAUGAUGAAAGGAACCGCCUUUGUGACGAGAGGCUGGGAAUCUCUGGUCGGGACAUUCUCAUGCAGGAAAACAAAGACCUGGUGGAGUUUGCUCGAAUCCAUCCUUCAAGUGGUUGUCCUGGAGACCUUACCCCUCACCUCAUGAUAGCAAGUGGUUCAUCCCUUCAAGCUAGCCAGUUAGGAGGAGAUCCCACCUCGCAUAGCCACCCUACACACCCUCAUUGGCUACCCAGAACUAGAAGUCCCUCCAUCUGGAUGGGGGGUCACUCUUAUAGUAUAAGUCAUCCAGCUCUACACCAAAAUCUUCCCCCUGGGUUUCCCACUUCCAUGCCCAGUGCCAUGCAACCUGUGUUCCCUCUAUCGCAGGAACCACCUGCACAGUUGGUUAUUCUACCUCCAGACCCUUCUCCCCACACUGCUCCACACCCUCUGGCGGAUGUCAUGGAUCAGGCUUCCCUCUGGCCCCCUAUGUACCCUGGUAGAGGACCUGCUUCUCACCUACAGCACCCAGGACAGCUACCAGUCUACUCACGGUCACAGUUUCUUCGGCAACAGGAGCUCUAUGCCCUACAGCAGCAAAGGGCAGCCCAAGCCUUGGACCUUCAGAGGCAAAACCACCUGCAGAGGAAGCCAGAGGAUCACCAGCCAGAACCUGAAGAUACUCCAGAAAAUACCAUUAAGUCAAAUAGCAAAACAGACACCUUAAAUGCUUUCAAGAGCCAGACUCCACCUGCCCUACUGCUGCCACCUCCAUCUGCACCUGCACCAUCCAAACUGUCUCCCUGCUGCCAUUCACCAGCUAUAAGGCCUCCAUUGUCCAAAUGCCCAACUUCAAGGCCACUGGCCCCAUGCACUUUACCUGCCUGUCCAGAAGCCAGCUCUGUAUUGGUGCCUAGCUCUCCGGCUGUUAGCCCAGUGCCAGUUCAGAAUGCCAAGGGAAAAGAGGGUGAUGAGAGGAGGGGGGAGGGGCAGCCCCCUAGAGACUAUCCCAAAUCACUGGAACCAGAUCUGCCCCCCAGAUAUAAAUACCCAGAUGUUGUCCAAUCUUACACUUCCCCUUCACCACAUCAUGUGCACUCCGCAGACCCUGCAGAUACUGAAUCUAUGCAAAAAGCAUCCGCUGCAGCAGAACCUGAACAGUCUAGGACGUUUACUCCCACCAAGAAACCUUGUGACACAUCUUUGUCUAGUGACUCAUUGGAACUCAGCCAGAAAUUGUCUAAUUUGGAUGAGACAGACUUAAAUGAAAUCUGUGUUCAAGUACCCCAAAGGUCCCAAGAGUUGGAAUGUGGGAAAGCUGCUGUUGCUACAGACAGGUGUAUGGACAAGACUAAGGAAAAUAAAGACAAUGCAGAAAAGGUGCAACCUGUGCAUGAAGAGGCUGAAAGAGAAAAAGAAUUAGAAGACGAUGGUGAUUUCAUUGGUGAUUUCAUUGACACUUCUUCUGAACAGCUGCUAAAUAUCUCAAAUGGGUCACCAGCUGCUUCUUUGACCACAGAGGAGACAAACAUUGAGGCCAGUGGGGAAGUUGCUGCUUCAUUAGUAGACAUCUGUGAUCAAGAGUCCAGAGACCCUGAGGGAGGAGAAGAUAAUCCCUUAUCUAUUUCCCAGCACGCAUCCCCAGCUCCAUUUAUUCACCAUGACUCUUUAUAUACUUUGGACACACUGAUAGCAGCCAGUAUCUCUAUUGGAGAACUUCCAUCUCUCCAGGAUGAGAAAAAUAUCUGCUGUCCAAACAGUUCACCCCCCCUUUCCAACUCAGGUAUUAAUGGAAUUGCUCUGCUCAGUGAGUUGGCAGAUCUAGCACUGCAGGAACAGCCUAAAUACACUACAAAAACCAAUGAAGAUGAGUCUGUUGUGUCAGACCUUCAGGUUUUUGCAACCAUUGCCACAGCAUGGUCCCUGGCAGAAGCUGCCAUUCUGGACGGUGCGGCCUCUGGCUGCCCUGUUCCCUACUGCCUCAACAUCGCCCCUCGAGUUAGAUUGUCACGCCGAACAUAUACUUGGACACCAAAAACUAAAAUGGUGUGUCCCUUGAAGGCUGCCAUAGAUCAUCUAGACACUCAGGAGGUAGACAAGAGGAUGAAGCUGGUGGAGAUCCAGCGCAGGUAUAAAGAAAAGCAGAGGGAGCUGGUUAAGUUGCAAAGAAGGCAUGACCAUGAAAAGGAAGAAAGUUCCAGAAGUCCAGUGCGCCGAGGACCAGGUCGACCCAGAAAACGUCCACACUGCCGUGCCCUGUCUUCACACCGGUCAAAUGAGAGCAAGAAAGCCAAAUCACUGAACAAAAGUCUAAACCUACUGUGUACGGAACUGCGGACUGAUGGGGAACCUACAAAAAAGAUCAAGUUUUCAGAGGAAUGUUACAGUGACAGAGAACACCCGUCAGCAGUUAAACUACAUUGUAAAAAGACCGUUAGUCCUAAGAACAAGCUGUCGUCCAAACUGGCACAGAAGGUUUCCAAGCUACAGAGUAAGGUCCUGGGAUCAGCUGGCAGUGCUUUUUGCAAUAAAGAUGUGCUCCUUGCAAGUAAAAUUCAGAAGAAGCUGCCACACCACAAAGGGGCAGGUCUGAUGGUGAAACAAGGAUUGGAACGAAAAGGGCAAGAGAGACUGCAGCCAGUUAACAGCAUUGAGGACCCAGAAGAAGGAGAAGGAGUCAACGAAGAAGAUUCUGAGAGUGAAGAAGAACAGGACGUCCCAGGGGUGGUCAUCCAUGAUGCUAGUCUUGCGCUGCACACUGCUGUCACCCCUCCUUUGGUUGGUCCUUCUCCAUCAUCUGUGGUGAAAAUGGAAGCUAACCAGAAAGCGAAGAAGAAAAUUGAAAGGCAGGGUCUGUUAGGGUACUACUGUAGUAUUACUAGUCCAGAGAGUGAAGUUAAGAUCCGCAAGCAUUCUGCAAAGCUGGAUUCCCAAACUCUUCACAUGAAACCCCUCAAGAAAAAAUCCCUGAGCCAUGCGAGCAAACCUAAAGGGUCCUUGCAGCAGUGUAUUGCUUCGGGCACUUUAUCACAUACUCCCAACAAAAGUCUCUUUGGUUCUCCAGCCCUGUCACUGAAGAAGGACAAGAAGAACAAAGACUUACAGAGAAAGAAUGGGGUUUUGAGUCUCUCCUUGACAUCCAGAGGCCCAAAAAGUCUUCUUAAACAUGGGCGGGUGAAAUCAAAACAGGAGCGAGGCAGAGCGGUCAGCCGGCUCCUACAAAGCUUUGCUGUAGAAGAUGACUUCCAGUUUGAUGAUAACAGCAGCUUUUCAGAAGGAGACGACAAUGUGAGCCCUGCUGGUGGCAAAAGUAAAGACCGGACUCAUGUUUGCUCCCUUUCCAAGAUGGAUCUAAGGGAAGGCUUAAAAGUCCUUAUACCCAAGGAGGACAACCUACUGUAUGCAGCUAGUAUCCGCAGCCUGCAACCGCCAGACAUAUACAGUGUUGUGAUAGAGGGUGAGAGAGGAAACCGGCCUAGGAUUUACUCCCAGGAGCAGCUGCUACAGGAAGCAGUAGUAGAUAUACGACCUCAGUCCACACGAUGUCUUCCCCAUGGAACACGAGUCUGUGCAUACUGGAGUCAGAAGUCACGCUGUCUGUACCCAGGGAAUGUAGUGAGAGGCUCUUCCAGUGACGAGGGUGAGUCUGAUUCUGUAACGGUUGCAUUUGAUGAUGGUGAUCGGGGAAAAAUCACGCUGAACAACAUCCGAUUGCUGCCCCCUGACUAUACCAUCCAGUGUACAGAACCAUCACCAGCUCUGCUCCUGUCAGCAGAGAGCCGCAGAGCUAAGCGUGUUGCCAGUAACCCCACUGCUUCCAUAGAACCAGCCCAGAAUCUAAACUCAGAAAGCAGGGAAACAGAGCCCUCAAAGAACAUCAACAAAAAAAUGUCCAACAAAGAGAAAACUGAUGUGUUCAACUCAGGAGCAAAUACACCGCUACCAGUGACCAACUUCCUGGGCCGCUCUAGUAAUGUGGGAUUGUUAAACUGGGCAUCACAAGGCAAGCGGAAGGGAGGGGCCAGAACUGGAGCAGGACUGCAUGAAAGCUUCCAGCAGCCAGGGUGUGUUAAAAAACAGAAAUCCCGUGAACAACCACAUGUAUUUGGAAACGGGUUUGGAGCUGGCUCCUUUAGCAGUCUGGCAAAUUCUUACUUGCCUUUUGGGGGAAGUGCUAACCCUGGGCUUACUCUGGGCCAAAAGCCAAUGCGGGCAAAAAAAGGGGAGAGGUCAGAGGAGGAGGACAAAAGAAAGGGGUCCAAGAGAAAAGCAGGCAAUGAGUUCCUGGUUAAGCUUGAUCACGAAGGAGUCAUGUCACCCAAAACAAAAAAUGGCAAAGCCCUUCUGCUGUGUGAUAAAGACUUUGGGCUUCGUAUUGGGCAAAGUUACACUACUCAAACAGACCUUGGUAAGGACAAGAAGCGCGAGCCACCUUUGCAUGAGCAUCUCCCUAUGAGUCUUGCAUUAAGAAAAUACUCUGGGCAGGCAGAGUUUGGAUUGAAUUGUGACAGUGACUGCCCCAGUUCAUAUUCGGACCAGGAUGAGGAGGAGAAUGAAGGAGAUUUGCCAGCAAGGGUCCCUUCAAAGUUCUUAGCAGGGCUCACUGUGUCAUCCUCUUCUUCUGGUUCUUCUUCAACCUCCAGUUCUGGUUCUCUGUCCAGCUCCAGUAUUAGUUCUACAGACAAUGAGGACUUAUCAGAAAGCUCAGAUGAAGGAGACUCCUCCCUGCUUCUGCAACCUUGCCUCACACACCCGGUGCCUGCUCUGUUAGCACAGCAUCCUGAAGAUGGGGGCUCCAGUUCCAGAGGGUGCUUUGUCUCAGGGCAAAAGGCCAAACAGAGGAGGAAAGGGACCUCUUCAAGCUUUUCCAAAACCAAAGAGCCCUGUCCUAAACAGCAACGCUUACCCUCUGUAGAAAACCGGCCAAAGAUUUCUGCCUUCCUGCCUGCACGUCAGCUCUGGAAAUGGUCUGGGGAGCCCACCCAGAGACGGGGAAUGAAAGGAAAAGCACGCAAGUUAUUUUAUAAAGCAAUUGUGCGUGGUAAAGAGACACUGCACGUGGGGGACUGUGCAGUUUUCCUGUCAGCCGGUCGGCCUAACCUGCCCUACAUUGGGCGAAUUGAGAGCAUGUGGGAAUCCUGGGGUGGCAACAUGGUGGUUAAAGUCAAGUGGUUUUACCACCCUGAAGAAACAAAAUUGGGUAAAAGGCACAGCGAUGGCAAGAAUGCGCUGUACCAGUCAUCACACGAGGAUGAGAAUGACAUACAGACAAUCUCACACAAGUGCCAGGUUGUGAGCCGUCAGCAGUAUGACAAAUUGAGCCACAACAAGCGCUACCUGGACCGGCAGAAUCUCUACUACCUGGCAGGGACCUAUGACCCAGGAACUGGAAGGCUAGUAACAGCAGAUGGUGUGCCAGUGCUGUGCUGAGAUGGCAUGCAAGAGGCAGCAUGCAGGAGGGUACCACUUAUAAUCAGCACUUCUUACAGCAGCACAUUACAAAUCUGCAGGUAGCAUGUACAAACACACAGACUUACAAAGCAAACAUUAAUAUAGAAUCUGAAUCCCAUAGAAUCCCAUUGGGCGCUACACUCCGUGUGGAAUCUUGAAUCAGUGAGCAGGGCCCUUCAUGUCUUACUAUACUCUGGCUUGAAUUUUAGGGCCCACUGACUGGCUGAGCCCUGGCACAGGAGAAUCCCUUUUACUCAUAUGAUAGUUGCUCUUGCAGCUAAUGCGCACAAAUCCUAAAGUGAACACAGAGACACUGCAUGCACAAAGAGCUUUGUGUGUUUGCACAUUAAAGACACAUGCACAUGAAACUGACACACACACACACACACACAGUGCAAUUUUUUUUCAAAGGAUCAAACCUUGAUCACCAAAAAUGUGGUCUACAAAACACUUCAAAAAGCUGAAGCAUUUGUACAAAUCUUUUCAACCCAUGUGGUGCAUAGAAGACAUGGAGGAGGCAAUCAAAGAGCCCGUAGUUAAGGGUUACUCUACAGGGUAGUUUGCAAACCCAGGCCCACACUGUAUAACCCCCUCAACUGAAAGAUCAUGACCUUCCACACUUAAACAUUGUGGUUAAAGAAUAGUUCUCAGAAUCCUUGCCCAAUAUUUACCCUCCUCAUAACACAGAAGCAAGAUAAUCCCUACAUUGGCAGUAGAGUCUAACACACUGCAGAGCAAGAGCUGGUGUAGAACAAAUGCAUUACAGACCCAUUGUCCCUGAAGGGCUUGAUGCAGCAAUGCUAGGAAAAACCUUAAUUUGAUACCUGCAUGUACUAAAGAUUGCAAUUAAUAAUGAUUGCUUUUACACAACACAACAGUAUUAUCUGCUUAUCCCAAGAUCGCUGCUAAUUACACCGCACAAGAUAGCAGGAAGUAAGUACCUUCCCUAUUCUAUACAGGAAACUGUGCCCCACUUGCUAUAGAAAGAUACUGGGGUUGUAGCCUAGGUAUUUUCAUAAAAUUAUUGUUACAGCACUUACGAGUGUGCUCAUGACAAAAAACGGUAAGCCCUGUUUCAAGGGGCCUAGAACCUAAAUUUGCCUUUAACAGGAAUAACGAUUUUUAAUUGCUGUAUGAUGAAAUCCUAAAGCAAGUAGCAAAUUGAAUUAUUUCCUAGCAACUCUGUCCUAAGCUUUUUAACAGACGCAUUUUCUUUUCAUUUAAUUUUGUUUGUAAUUAUUUGUAAUUUUUUUGUGUGUAUUUUUUUUUUAUUCCUUAUUUAUGGUCAACAGCCUCAAGUUUCAAGCCAUAUUUUCCCCAGUACCUCUUAACAGCUUUUCUUCCUGAAAGGCAGGAUCAGGUGUAAUAUUACUCUAUUUAUUCACUGUGUAAAUACCGAAAUUUCUUUUGGAAAAUUUUUAUUAACAAAAAAAAAAAAAAAAAAAAAAUUUAAAUGAAACCUAGUUAAAAAAAAAUCCCGUCCCUUUUUCUGCUGUUGCUACAAUGUAGAUUAUUGCACUGUGCUCCCUCGGCAAGGCUGAGAAUAUUAGGAAUUCUGUAUAAUUUGUAAUUAUAAUGUGGGUUAAAGAGGAAAAAAGCACUUGGGGAUUAGGCAGGGACUUGAAGGGGGCAAUGGAAGACAAUUCAAGUAUCUAAACAAAUUGUUGUCACAUUUAAAUGCUUUUAUUGUUAAAAAAAAACAAAAAAAACACCAAAAUCCUGGAAAUAUGUAAAUACGUUGUCUGAAAUUUUUUUUUUUGUGUUGUUUAAAACAUUUUUUUAAGGAAAAAAGUAAAGAAAAAGUAUUGGGAAUGUCAAUAUGGUCCGAUGGAAUAAAAAAUGGAAAUAUUCUAUAAAUAUAUAUUAUAUAAAGUA